AUGACCGUCAAUCCCAUCGACUAUAUUGCCAUACAGAACACCAUCGCCAAGUACUGUUUUGCUUUGGACGAGAAGAACUUUGAUGGGUUGAAAGAUGUCUUCACGGAGGACGUCGAUACGAUCUAUCCGUUUCGUGGGACGAUCAAAGGAGUUGCUACAGUCGCUGAUGCCAUCAAGAAACGACUCACACCAGUGACUACACAGCAUGCUUUGACCACACAGCACAUCGCUAUUGCAGAGAACGGCAGGUCGGCGAACGUAACCACGUACUUCACUGGCAUCCAUUUCGGACAAGGCAAAUGGAGUGGCUCACAAAGGACCGCCUACGGGAAAUACAUUGAUCAGCUACGAUGUGUUGAAGGCAUCGCAGCAGAUGUGCCAGGUGCUAGUGGCAAAUGGCUCAUUGAGCGGCGUGAAGUCUUGUUCAUGGGCGAGCUUGGUGAACACGGUGUGAUGGAGGGCGAAUAG